UGGCCAAAAUUUGACAUCAGAGGUUUAAGCCUACGUGUCCAUAUAAAAAGACCUGUUCAGUGUCACAAUCGUUCUGCAGGAAUCCACUAUGCGGGGACUGGUUCUGUGUGUCCUCUUUGGCCUGGCAGUAUGCCAGUCUUUAAAUUUCGAGCCCACCUUGAACCCAAAGAAAACGUAUGAAUUCCAGUAUGAGGGGGCCGUUAACAUCGGACGAGGCAUGCCAGAUCUGGCUGAAUCUGGUGUGAGACUGACAUGCAAUGCCAAAAUAACCGGAAAAUCUGCACAGAUGUUCCUUCUGCAGGUGUCCAAUCUGGUCUUUGAGGAGUUCAAUGGCAUUCCUGGGAAGAAUGUCUUCUAUGCCUCUCCAAAACUGACCCAGAGGAUGGCGUCUGAACUCACCAAACCCCUCAUGUUUGAGUAUGCCAAAGGCCGUGUAGUGGACAUCCAGUCUGCAGCUGGAGUGUCUGAUACCGUCGUCAACAUUGUAAGGGGAAUCCUGGGCUUUUUUCAAGUAACAGUGAAGACGACACAAAAAGUGUAUGAACUUGAAGAGCUAGGUAUUCAUGGACUCUGCAAGAGCAGCUACGUCAUUGAGGAAGAUGAGCACUCCACAGAGCUGACUAUAAACCAAGCGGUGGAUGUCCGUGCCUGCCGGCAGAGAGCGGAGAUCUCCACAGGAAUGGCUCUGGCAAUUGAGAAUGAGCUUAGCAAACAGAGAGGCGAGAGGAUCGUGGCAGGUGUUCAGUACAUCUACACUGUCAAAGGGACUGCUGAUGGAGGGCUGAUCACUAAGGCCCGGGCACAGGAGUACCAAAACUUCUCCCCAUUUGACAUCAAGGGAGGCAACUCUAAACUACUCGCCACGAAAUCCAUAGAGCUGCUGAAAGUGACUGAUUCGACUGGGAGCCCCUCAGCUCCACCUGCCCAGAGCAGAGGUAAUCUGGUGUACAAGUUUGGAACGAACCUGAAGCAGAUGCCCAUCGUUCUCAUGAAACUGGACAACCCACUGCCCAGAAUUGCAGAGAUGAUUAAGAAGCUGGCUCAGGCCAAUAUCUACCAGGUGGACAGCCCCACCAGUGAAGACACCGUCAACGUGUUUCAGCUCCUCAGAACUGUAACACUCGAGGAUCUUGAAACCCUGUGGAAGCAGCUCUCAGGGAACGCAGAACACAGGAGAUGGUUUCUGGACCUGAUUAUUGAAGUGACUGAUGAGAGGGUGGUGAAGUUCCUCCUGAACAGAUUCAAGGCUGGGGAUGUGUCUCCCAACGAAGCAGGACAGACAUUACUGGUGUCUCUAAACCACUUAACGGUCACUCCUGAACUCGUCGAGAUGUCCAAGGAGUUCCUAAAGAUUCCCUUCAGUAAGUCUAACCACAUCCUUUGGCACACGGUUGUCCUCUCCUACGGCUCUCUCGUCUACAAACUGUGUGCCUACGUCCAGCUCUGUCCAGCCACUGCAAUUCAGCCCCUGCUGGACCUGGCCACGGGUGCACUGGAGAGGAACAGCGAAGAGGAGAUGGUGGAGGCCCUGGAGGCCAUCGGAAACGCAGGUCAUCCCUCCAGCAUUAAGACCAUCAUCAAGUUCCUGCCAGGGAUCUCCCCUAAGGCGGUGGAGCUUCCCAACAGGGUGGUCAUCUCUGCGGUCCAGUCGCUUCGCCACAUUACUGUCAGGGAUCCUCACACUGUUCAGGAUAUUGCCCUGAGUUUGUUUGUGACCAAGUCCUUGCCUGCUGAAAUCCGCAUCCACGCCGCCAUCAUCCUGUUCGAGACCAAGCCCCCGCUCCCCCUGCUGCUGACGGUCACUUCCUUCCUGCUGGAGGAGAAAGAUGCCCAAGUGGUCAGCUUUGCCUUCUCUCUGAUCAGAAGUCUGUCAAGAUCCCACACCCCAGAAAACCAUCAGCUGUCAACAGCUUGUAAUAUUGCUGUUAAAAUCCUUGAACCAAAACUUGGACGGUUCAGUUUUUACAACAGCAAGUACCUGCACUUGGACUGGUUUAGUGGUGAUCUGUUGUUGGGCACCAGCACCGAGGGCUAUAUGAUCAAAGACUCCAAUGACAAAAUACCGACUGCCCUUAUGAUCAAAGGAAAAUUCCACUUCAUCGGACGAAUUCUGCAGCUUUUAGAGCUUGGUGUGCGUGCUGAAGGACUCAAGGAGCUUUUCUCUGAGACCAACUCAGAGCUCAGGGAUAUCGACGCCACUGACUAUGCUGCAAUCAUGAAAAUUCUGUCCGAUAUGAAGUCUCUUCCGAAAGACAAGCCUCUGCUCACUCUCUACUCAAGGGCCUUCGGACAGGAAUGGUUCUUUGCUGAUUUGAACAAAGACAUUAUUCAGCAGGUCAUUAAAGCUCUGAGUCCCACCGCAGGGAAGGAGAGCCCAGCUUGGCAAAUGAUUCAAGAUCUCCAGAAGGGCAUAUCAUGGCACUGGACGAAGCCCUACAUGGUGUAUGAAACCCGCCUCAUACAAGCCACAACCCUGGGACUCCCUGUAGAAAUUAGCAAGAAUUAUCCCACAGUGACGGCCAUAACAGCAAAUGCAAAAGCCACCAUUAGCCCCCCACUGAAAGAACAUCUUGGAGAGCUUCUGUCAUCAGACAUCACUCUGGAGACUGAUGGAUUUGCUGGAGUGACAAAAGACCAUUUUAUUUUUCAUGGCAUAAACACAGAGUUCUUUCAGUGUGGCUCCGAACUGAAAAGUAAGACCCCCAUCAACAUGCCAUGGCAAUUCACACUGAAAAUGAACAUCAAACAGAGGAAAUUUGACAUAGAUUUUAAUCCCCCCAAGAAGGUCACAGAACUGUUUGCAGUAAACUUCAACGUAUAUGCAGUGUCAAGAAAUAUUGAGGAGCCAUCUUUGUCUAAGAUGACACCAAUGAUGCCAAAUUCAGUAGUGACCUAUCUGCCCCCUCAUUUCCCCAAGACGCCCGAAAAUGAAUUUGAGCUGACUGAUGUUUACCACCCGCAGUCAAAGGCUUGUUUAGAGUCGAGCCUCUACGGAACUGCACUCUGCGUGGAAACGGAGAUCAAAAGAACACACUAUGCCAGUGAAUAUCCUCUCUACUAUUUCUUGGGGUACACCCAUCUAGCCAUUCAGCUGGAACCAGUAAAGACAAAGAAACCUGUUGACAAGAUCCAGAUUAAAAUCAACCCUGGGCCUAAGGACAACAUCCCAAGCCUUCGCCAGAUAAUGGAAUUGAUUCACCAGGCGUCAAAGAAUUCCACUGCAGGAGCUGAUGAUGACCAGUCCUCUGAGUCACAGGACGUGCAGGAGUCUCUGGAGGCCACUCCCGAUCCCAUGCUGGUGUUGAAGGCCCUGGCGUUGGGAACGGGUGUGAAGCCUGAAGGGUACGAAGGUGCCGUGUACUACCAGCCCACCGUCCAGAAAGACAGCGCUGAGCUCAUCGUCUCCCAGGUGGGAGAGGAGGCCAACUGGAAGAUGUGCGGAGACGCCCACCUGGACAAAGCAGAGGAGUCUGCAAAGGUUCAUUUGAGGUGGGGUGCCGAGUGCCAGUCAUAUGAUGUGGCCGCGGUAGCCACCAAGACCCAUCAGGCCGAAGCAAAACCAGCCGUUAAUGCCAAAGUCAAGUGGGGCAACUUGCCAGAAUACAUCAGAAAUGCUGCGAAAAGCAUUGAGGACUACAUUCCUGGCAUGUCUUUGCUUCUCGGGUUCUACCAAAGACGUGAAGCCAACCCUGGCCAUGAGGUUUCUGCCUCCAUUGUGAGAGAAUCGCCACAAAGCCUUGACAUUGAAGUCAAGACACCUCAGCUGACGGUCUAUCGGAAAGGAAUCUCUCUCCCAAUUCAAAUGAUGAAUUUCCAGGAAGGCAGGAACAUGACAGACACCCGGCUCAAUUAAAUGCCAAAACAGGAAUUGAAACAAAGCCAAAAGAGAAGACCAGAACUGACUCUAUUUGCAGCUGAAUAUGAGACCGUGGAUGACAUCCGAGAGCCUUUAAAUCAUCCAUGACUUCCUGGGUGAUUUGUCUUUGCCCCAGGGUAGUAGGAAGUAAAACCAUUAUGGAUCCAACAAGUAAUAAUUUUCAUAAAGCUGAAGUUGAGAGAUACACUUUAA